UGAGGUUAUCUUUGUAGAUAGGACGUCGUGUUGUAGCGAAUUUCCGUAUAAAAACGUAAUAAUGACUUAUGUAUUAUAAGGAUAUAGAUGAAACAUUAGAGAAUUAGCAUAAAAUGCUAUCAAUUGUCUUACAUAAGUUUUGUUUACUUUAAUUAAUCAAACUAUUUAAAUAAAAGUCUACCAUUUCUAGUCAUAAAAAGUGUAAUACGAUUAAUAAAUAUGGCAAAGAAUCUGUUAAAAUCCUUGAUUCUUACCUCAAAGUCUGUAAAAAAUAAAUCUUCGAUUGGAAUCACAAGUGUAUUAUUUUCUCGGAGGCUGCACAUGGGUGACGCAACUCCAAAAGAAAUAAAAAUUCCUGUGAAAUGGGGUCAUGUAUCUGGUAAGCUUUGGGGCAAUGAGAACGAACAGCCCAUCUUGGCGCUGCACGGCUGGCAGGACAACGCCGGGACGUGGGACACAUUGGCGCCGUUACUAUACAAGAAACGACCCAUACUUGCCAUCGAUUUCCCGGGACACGGGUUAUCGUCAUGGUACCCACCUGGUAUGGUGUACUACCCAUGGGAGUUCGCUCGUCUAAUUCUCUAUAUAAAGCAAUAUUACAAAUGGGAGAAAAUUUCGUUUCUCGGUCAUUCGAUGGGAUCUAUUGCCGCACUUCGCUUUGCCACCUUGUUCCCUGAUGAAGUCACCUUUUACAUCGCCAUCGACAGCCUAAUCGCGGACGAUUACGACUUGAAUGCAGUCAUCGAUAAAUAUCCGACCACCGUGUUGAAAAUGCAAAAGGCACAAUCGCGGUUAAACGAUGAGCCACCUUCUUAUACCCUAGAUGAAAUUAUUAAAAUCUGGCACAAAAGCACAAGGCAAUCUAUCGCCAUGGACAGUGUUAAGUAUUUAUUAACGCGAGGUUCCAAACCUUCGAUGAGUGACCCUAACAAAUUCUAUUUUUCAAGAGAUUCAAGAUUAAAACACACCCUAUUUAAUCCGGAAGACAAGCGUUUCGUGGAAGCGAUCGUUAAAAGAUUGACAUGUCCGACUUUAUAUGUAAAAGGUUUGGACUCUCCUUUCGCGUCAGAUGACUUUUCUGUUGAAAUGCGCGAACUGAUUAAGAAGACAAAUCCAAAAUUCGACUGUCAUUUAGUGCCUGGAACACAUCACUUACAUUUAAAUGAACCUGAAAAAGUAGCAAAUUUAAUACUGCCGUUUUAUGAAAAGUAUAACUUAAUUAAAUAACUAUAUUUUACUUCGUAGUAUGUAUUUAUUUAUUUAACUUAAUAUUGUGAUAGUUUAGCACAAUCUAUACAGCGUUUAUUAGAUGGUUUUCGAGCAUUAGAAAGCCGUAAUCGUAUUAAUAGACAUCUUUUUGUAAAAAGAACAACAAGACAGUAUUACAUUCAUAGCGAAUAUCGCGACACCGAUUUCGCAGUUCGAUUUCUUUUGGUUGUAUCACAAAUGUACUUUGGACUAUUCUUAUCAGCGACUAUAACGAUUUGCACAGAAGUUUAUCGAGAUAAAAACCAUAAAUAGAAUAAGUUAGCUUAAUUACACUUUACAAAUAUAUUAUUUUAUUUUGUUUUAAGUGUCAUAAUUUUUCAAAGCAAUGUUACCAAAGGGCUGUUCGUACUUAGUACUAAACUUUAAAAAAGUUUUAAAAAUACUAAUAAAUAGGGUAAUUUUUCAAUAAGUAGAAGAGGAUUUGGAUUUUGAUUGUACUAGGAUAAGAAUUAUUAUCAAGUUAUAUACAAGUCGUUCAUGUAUACCUAAAUGUUGUAUUGUGAA